UAUAUGGUUUUGUCACAAAGACCAAGAGCAAAAAUUAUAUAUUGUCACAAAUAUUUCAUGUUAAAAAGUGAUGUACAUAGCAAUAUGCAGAUACGACGCCACAAGAGCGAUGGAAAUUGCUUUUGGAACUGUCGCAGACGAUGACCUUAUCGCAGGAACUAUUGCGUUUGUGUCUUGGCUCCACUUGUGCUAUGUUUGCAGUGGAAAAGAUCAUGCACGUGAACGUGAGUGUUGGGUUCAAUUCCCUAUUGUGCAUGUGUUAUUGGGAACAGCGUAUCAGCCAACGUGUCAAGGAAGCUGCCAAUAUUUCGUUGCUGAUACUCAGUGCAGCGAUGCGAAUGCACUUUUAUGGAUUAAUUUAUUUGAUAUAUCACAUUUCGUACAUGUUUGGAUACGUAGGCGGAGAAAACGCGAUACGUUGCCCAAUAGGAAUUAAUAGUACCGGCUUCGAUGUUGAACGGAUUUUCAAUGAAUCAACGCGUUGGCACAGUCAGAAAGAAGGGAGACUCUUCGCUACAGUUUUUACUAGACGUAAUACUCAAACCAAAUUGAAUUCAUCGAUAUGAUACAAUCGACAGGCGUAAUUUUGAUAGGAAAUAAAACACGU